AUGCCCCCGAAACGAAAACACGACGAUGAUGAUGCCGAGGAAGAUCCUAAGCGCUACGCCUAUCUCAAACCUCAAGUUCGUCGCGUCCCAGAGAAAACAAUCAAGUCGAAAUGGGCCCCCCUGCCAGAACCCGUCCAGGAAAAGGUCAAGGACAUGUUCCAUUCCCUCGAGCGACCGGUGAUAAUGCGAAACCAAAAUGAGCGCAAACGAAUCGAGGCACAGAGCGCCGUGCAAGCGGUCGUGCGAAACUUAGGCAAACGACUUCCGCGCAUGCCAUUUCCGCCCAUAACGAAAGACUCGAACUUCGAUUAUGAAUCUGCGCUGAAUGAGCAUCGUUCGCUUGAGACACACUUGGCUACCAUGAAUGAUAGCGUUGAUCUGUUGAAAGCGGAGAUUGCUAAGGAGGAGGCGCUUCUUGCGAAGGAAACAAAGGCGCUUCAGGAAAUGGACAAGAACGCUAAACGUGCCGAGGCGGAAAGGAAACGGCAGACUAAGAACGAACACCCCGUGCUCCGACGCCUGGAUGCGCUUCCUCGGAGCGAGGGCUCUAUGUCCUCUGAUUUUACGCUUGUCGGCGCGAAAGAUGGCCAGCUUACACUGGACGAAUUAAGCACCGAUCCCGAAGCUGAAGGGCUCAUUAAACAACUGCAUGGCCACCUUCGAUCCAUGCAAAGCAAUACUGCACCCUUCACAGGACUUGCCGAUGCCAUCACUCGUUCACAAGCGGCCUUGGAUCUGUAUUCAAUGCCCAAUGAUUGA